CUCCAAUUGCUAUCACCCGUCACCAUAUUCUUCAUCUCCCCAUAAAUUCUUUCUUGGCGGUUUUGGGACAGCAAAUUGCAAAAAAAUUGCUCUUGAGAAAGAGAAGAGGGUUUCCAAUGGAACCGGGGAAGCUGAGCUCAGAGUCGUCAAGCGAAGAAAGUGAUCCGAUCGAGCAACCGAAGGAGGAAGGGAGCGUCAAACGGUCCUACGAAUGCACGUUUUGCAAGCGGGGUUUCACGAACGCUCAAGCUCUGGGUGGUCACAUGAACAUCCACCGGAAAGAUAGAGCCAAAGGAAAGCAAGCUCCAAGUGCUUCUCCCACUAUGAGGAAGAUCUACGAUCCUUAUGUCAUCUCAUCUAAUCAUAUUGGAUCGAAAUCGGGCCGAGUACCCCCGGAUUACGACCUGGGCAAAGAUGACGAAGCACAAAGAAAUUAUUGCCACAAGGGUCUGCAAGCAUCUGCUAUGAACCCUAACAAUUAUCUUGAAAGCUUGCACUCUUUGCAAAGAGGAGAUGACAUUAUAUUGGAUGCUAGUCUUAGCCUACGAAUCGGCCCGUCGAACAUGGAGCGCACCUGCGAAGUGAAGCGAGAUGAGAAUCGGGAGGAAGUCGACUUGGAGCUUCGACUCGGCCGCGACCCGUAAUUUAUUAUGCUUUGAUUUAGGUUUGAGAAAUUUAUAAUUAUUGAACAGAUGAUAUUCUUUCAGAGUUGCUAUAUAUUCUAUAAGGAGUGGGAAUGUCGAUUUCAAGGGUUUUAUGAAGGAGGCUUACAGCAUACCAUGAGUUGAAUCUUGGCUCUGAUUACCGUUUUAUCAAGGUAAUGAAAAUGUGACUUUUUUUUCUCUAA